AUGGAUACUCCUCGAGCAUCGAAGGAAUCUCAUGAGUGUGAUCCUCAUACUACAAUGCAGCCACCACCAGAAUCGUCCUCUCGAGCAUCACCGCUCAGUGUGCAGACAAAUCCGACGAUGAGUGCCAACUUUAAGGUCCAUAUGUGGCAGAAUCGGCCAUUCGAUAGUGGCGUUCACACCAUGACCCAUAGCCAGGCUCCAUCGAUGAUGUCCAUGACGUCAAUCCACGCUGGCUCGCAGAUCUCCGCCAUGUCCUCGGUUGUUGACACUGAUGCGGCCGAACUCACUGACCAGCAGCAGCAAAAAUUCGAGAACAUUUCCUUAGCGUUGUGCCCAACGCAUCCGGAAUAUGCGAAUGCCGAGGGAGUGAUUCCUGAGCUGAUCAACCUCAUGAAGGACAACGAUGAGGUGGUGGUCUAUAGGGCCUUGUUUAUCAUGCAGAAUAUCGCGAAACUGGACGCAGAUAUCUCAAGAAGUCCUAGUGCUCGAAUUCGUGGCCCAGAUGCGGUUAUGGCCAUUGUGAAUGUUCUGCAAGUGCGGCGGAACACACCAAACAUUAUCCGUAUGGCAUUGGGGACGCUAUUCCAAAUUUGCAUACGAGCUGAUGGUUUAGACGAUGUGGCUCGUGUAAAUGCUCAUUGCAAUGGCGAGCUAAUUCGAAGCUUGAUUGAGCAUGCCAGGUUAGUUGUGGUUAUGUGA